UGCAUGCCUCCGAGUGCGUGCAGAGGUCUCAGUUCAACCCCGGAAUGUCGCAUCAUCAUCAGCUUCUCCUAGCGCCCUCGUAGUUCUCUAUCUCUGUCUAUCUUUAGGACUAUAAACACUGCGAGCAGAACCCGGUAGACUGAUAACCGUUACCUGAGGGUGCUACCGAACCCCGUGGUCCCUCUCACCCCCCCCCCCUGCCUGCCUAGGAAGCACAUCACCUCUGCGUCUUGUCUCUCUGCGCCCCGCUGCUGAGCGAGAUCAAUCUGACAGACAGAGCGGAUCUUCAAGGGGACAAUAUUCAUCAUCAUGAUCAAUAUCAACAUAUGGACCAAGCGAUAACGGAAUCAGCUCUGUUACUUUAGUAGAUUCUCUGCUUCCAGGCGCAUUAACGGGAUUCUGCCUCCGUCUCUGUGUCCUUGAGCUCGGCCUGUACAGUGAGUCAGUGGUUCCAGUCUGCUCUACCACUAGUCCUUCUCUCAACCCCCAACCCCUUCAUAAGCGAGACAAGAGAGAAGAGUGGAGUCACCAAGGACACAGGGAGAACGCUGGAGGCAGCCCUCAUCCCUCAGAGUGGGAGAACAAAAUACUAGAAAAAGAACUGAGUCAGUUGUUUCUGAGAUGUUGCUGACUGGUCCCUGGUUAAAACCUUGACCCCUGACCCUACUGGUUAGCUAAUGAAGUCUGUGUUUAAGACUUGUGUCUAAGAACUCUUGAAAGAAGAAGGAAGGACCAGCGCUUGGUGACUGGCUGGUAUAAAUAAGCAGAAACACUUGCUGCUCCGAGAGAGAGAGAGAGAGAGAGAGAGAGAGAGAGAGAGUGUAAGUCUGGACUCGUGUGUUCCAGAUGAGUGGGUGAAACCUCUCCAGAGAAGGAAAUAGAGACUACAGAGAGAGAAGAGGACCAAACCAGUCUGUCAGAAUGUCUACCACCGCCACCAUGGGAGAGAUGGCUAACAGUGCUGUUGAGUUCUACCCUAAAGGCCGGAGCCGAGGUGGAGGUGGAGGUGGGAAGGGGGAGGGUAACAAUGCUGUAGAGGGAGAUUUUGGGGUGACGGUGGAGGAGCUCAGGGAUCUGAUGGAGCUCCGGGGAGGGGAGGCCAUUCAGAAGAUACAGGAGGCAUACGGAGACUCAGAGGGCCUGGCCACUAAACUGCUCACCAACACUAUUGACGGUCUGUCAGGUGACCAGGCAGACCUGGAUCGUCGUAGCAAGUCAUUCGGUCAGAACUUCAUCCCUCCUAAACAGCCCAAGACCUUUCUGGAGCUGGUCUGGGAAGCUCUUCAAGACGUCACCCUUAUCAUCCUAGAGGUGGCAGCUAUCAUCUCCCUGGGCCUGUCCUUCUACCAACCCCCCGGAGAUGACACUGAGGCGUGUGGUAACGUGUCGGGAGGGGCAGAGGACGAGGGCGAGGCUGAAGCCGGGUGGAUUGAGGGUGCCGCCAUCUUGCUGUCCGUCGUCUGUGUGGUCCUGGUGACGGCCUUCAAUGAUUGGUCUAAAGAGAAACAGUUCCGUGGGCUACAGAGCAGGAUAGAACAGGAGCAGCGCUUCGCUGUCGUACGGAAAGGAAACGUGAUCCAGAUACCUGUAGCUGACAUGGUGGUGGGGGACAUGGCUCAGGUCAAAUACGGGGACCUGUUGCCAGCGGAUGGAAUCCUGAUCCAGGGAAAUGACCUGAAGAUUGAUGAGAGUUCUCUGACUGGGGAAUCAGACCACGUUGGGAAGACUGUGGACAAAGACCCUAUGCUGCUCUCUGGUACCCAUGUGAUGGAGGGUUCGGGUAGGAUGCUGGUAACAGCUGUGGGGGUCAACUCUCAGACUGGCAUCAUCUUUACACUGUUGGGAGCCGGAGAGGGGGAGGAGGAAGAGGAGGAGGAGGAUGACAAGAAGAAGAAGGGGAAGCAGCCCGAAGUGAUGGUGGAGAACAACCAGAAUAAAGCCAAGAAGCAGGACGAGGCUGUAGCCAUGGAGAUGCAGCCUCUGAAGAGUGCAGAGGGAGGAGAGGUGGAGGAGAAAAAGAGAGGCAACACCACAAAGAAAGAGAAGAGUGUUCUACAGGGUAAACUCACCAAACUGGCUGUGCAGAUUGGGAAAGCAGGCCUGGUGAUGUCAGCUAUAACAGUGCUCAUCUUGGUGUUGUAUUUUGUCAUCCAGACGUUCGUAAUAGAAGAUCGUGUGUGGCUAGCAGAGUGUACUCCAGUCUAUGUCCAGUACUUUGUCAAGUUCUUCAUCAUCGGAGUGACUGUGUUGGUGGUGGCUGUACCUGAGGGCCUGCCGCUCGCUGUCACCAUAUCACUGGCCUACUCUGUCAAGAAAAUGAUGAAGGAUAAUAACCUGGUUCGCCACCUGGAUGCGUGUGAGACGAUGGGGAACGCUACGGCCAUCUGCUCCGACAAGACCGGCACUCUGACCACCAACCGUAUGACUGUCGUACAGACCUUCCUAGGUGACCAGCACCACCGGUCAGUUCCGGAACCAGAACAGGUCAACCCCAAGACUCUAGAACUACUGGUCAACGCCAUCGCUAUCAACAGUGCCUACACAUCCAAGAUCAUGCCUGCAGACCAGGAGGGGGGUCUAGCUAAGCAGGUGGGGAACAAGACAGAGUGUGGCCUGCUGGGCUUCGUUCUGGACCUACAGCAAGACUACAGCGCUGUCCGAGACCGGGUCCCUGAGGAACAGCUGUUCAAGGUGUAUACCUUUAACUCUGUGCGUAAGUCCAUGUCCACGGUGGUCCAGCAACGAGACGGAUCCUUCAGACUCUACAGUAAAGGAGCUUCUGAGAUACUACUGAAGAAGUGUUCGUAUAUCAUGGACAUUCAUGGAAAGCCACGUAAUUUCAGACCCAGAGACAGGGAGGAGAUGGUGAAACAGGUGAUAGAGCCGAUGGCGUGUGAAGGGUUAAGGACGAUCUGUAUCGCAUUCCGAGACCUUCCAUCCAAUCCCGAGCCAGACUGGGACAACGAAGAGGUCAUCGUUACUCAGCUGACCUGUCUCACUGUGGUGGGCAUAGAGGACCCUGUACGACCUGAGGUGCCUGAUGCAAUUCGUAAGUGUCAGAAAGCCGGCAUCUGCGUAAGGAUGGUCACAGGAGACAACAUCAACACAGCCAGGGCCAUAGCAGCUAAAUGUGGCAUCAUCCAUCCUGGAGAAGACUUCCUGUGUAUCGACGGCAAGGAGUUCAACCGGCGAAUUAGGAACGAGAAAGGAGAGGUAGAGCAGGAGCGGAUCGACAAGGUCUGGCCUAAACUACGAGUCCUCGCUCGCUCCUCCCCCACCGACAAACAUACACUAGUCAAAGGCAUCAUGGACAGCACUGUGUUGGAGCUGAGGCAGGUUGUCGCGGUAACCGGAGACGGGACAAACGACGGGCCGGCACUGAAGAAGGCCGACGUGGGCUUUGCCAUGGGUAUAGCCGGUACAGACGUGGCCAAGGAGGCGUCUGACAUCAUAUUAACGGACGAUAACUUCAGUAGUAUAGUGAAGGCUGUGAUGUGGGGGAGGAACGUCUACGACAGCAUCUCCAAGUUCCUCCAGUUCCAGCUGACUGUCAACGUGGUGGCUGUCAUAGUGGCCUUCACUGGGGCCUGCAUCACACAGGACUCUCCUCUGAAAGCAGUCCAGAUGUUAUGGGUUAACCUCAUCAUGGAUACCUUCGCCUCUCUUGCCUUAGCAACAGAACCACCCACAGAGUCCCUGUUGCUACGUAAACCCUACGGCCGCAACAACCCCCUCAUCUCCUUGACGAUGUUAAAGAACAUCCUGGGUCACGGAGUCUACCAGCUCAUCAUUAUCUUUAGUCUCCUGUUUAUAGGAGAGCGUAUCUUCAACAUAGACAGUGGUCGUAAAGCUCCGCUCCACUCCCCUCCGUCAGAACACUACACCAUAAUUUUCAACACCUUCGUCCUCAUGCAGCUCUUUAAUGAGAUCAACGCCAGGAAGAUCCACGGAGAACGCAAUGUCUUUGACGGAAUCUUCUCUAACCCUAUCUUCUGUUCCAUAGUGUUCGGAACCUUAGUUAUCCAGGUGGUGAUCGUCCAGUGGGGAGGCAAGCCGUUCAGCUGUGCUCCUCUCAGCGUGGAACAGUGGCUCUGGUGUCUGUUCGUUGGAGUGGGAGAACUACUCUGGGGACAGGUGAUCGCCACGGUUCCCAGCGACCAAUUACCAUGUCUGAAGGAGGCGGGGGCAGCGAUGGCGGCGGUGGAGGAAGAGGAAGAGAUGGACGAAGGAGACGAAGAGGGAGAGAUCGACUGUGCUGAGAGAGAGCUACGACGAGGACAGAUACUGUGGUGUAGAGGACUAAACCGCAUACAGACACAGAUGCGUGUAGUCAAUGCCUUCCGUACCAACGUGUACGAGACCCGAGAGAAAACGGAAUCACGGAACUCCAUCCAUAACUUCAUGGCUCACCCAGAAUUCCUGAUCAAUGACCUCAUCCAUAACAUCCCUCUGAUCGACGACACAGACAUCGACGAGGAGUCAGAGCUGAGUCGAUACCAGCACCAACUCCACCCUGCCCUUCGAAAGCCCCCUCCACCCCCCGCCCAGCCCCCGUCCUCCUCCCGCUCCCGCCCACCAAGGCCCUACCGACAACACAGUCUCCCCGUCACCCCUACCAACAUAAACAACAACGCAACACUGGUCACCUUUGGCAACACAAACAACAAGGCUGUUUCCCCAGGUAACCGGUGCAUCAAUUAUGAAGUUGCAACCAGAGCUACAACAGCGCUAGGGGUAACAGGCUCCUAGCCCCCUCCUCCUGUCCUCCUCCCCGUUGCUCUCCCGACCUCCUCCUCUACUGCUUUCAGACAUCCUUAUAACUCAUGAACAGAUGCAGGGAGGAAAGGACAGACAGACUUACAGGCAGGAGGGGAGAGAGAGACAGACUGACAGGGAGAAGAGACAAUAAACAGACAUUUUAAAGGAGAACAUUUUUUCACCAUCAGAGAGGAGGGGUGUAUAAAAGGAGUCUAGGUUCUGACUGGAGGGAGAAGUUAAGCCCUUCCUUCCUGCUUCUUCUCUUAUCGCUAUUACCAGGCUACUAUACUACAGGAGAGAGGAGGAGUGAUCUGCUAUGACCAGGCUACUAUACCACAGGAGAGAGGAGGAGUGAUCUGCUGUGACCAGGCUACUAUACUACAGGAGAGAGGAGGAGUGAUCUGCUAUGACCAGGCUACUAUACUAUAGGAGAGACGGGGAGUGAUCUGCUAUGACCAGGCUACUAUACUACAGGAGAGAGGAGGAGUGAUCUGCUAUGACCAGGCUACUAUACUACAGGAGAGAGGAGGAGUGAUCUGCUAUGACCAGGCUACUAUACCACAGGAGAGAGGAGGAGUGAUCUGCAGUCUUCAAGAGGGGGUAGAACUGAGCUAGUCUGCAGUACCCCGGUCAGUCUUCAAGAGGGGGUAGAACUGAGCUAGCCUGCAGUACCCCGGUCAGUCUUCAAGAGGGGGUAGAACUGAGCUAGCCUGCAGUACCCCGGUCAGUCUUCAAGAGGGGGUAGAACUGAGCUAGCCUGCAAGGCGUUUUUUUAUCCACGCCAAACUUGAUGCAAAACCAUGCCCACGAGUAACCUAGCAACAUUCAAAGCUGCGCUGACUAGUCAGAGUUCGGACCUUCCCUGUGACUAAAUGGACGUGAGAGAGGAAGAACGCUAGAGGGGGAGUCCCCGCGGACGGGAAGUUCUGAGUUUGCUCAUGCCUGCCAUGCCACUAGCAAACACUGUGGCCCCAUCCACCGAUAACCCCGGACAGGGCCAACCAGGUAGAAUAGAACCCCUCCAACGAUAACCCCGGACAGGGCCAACCAGGCAGAAUAUAACCCCUCCAACGAUACCCCCGGACAGGGCCAACCAGGUAGAAUAGAACCCAUCCAACGAUACCCCCGGACAGGGCCAACCAGGCAGAAUAUAACCCAUCCAACGAUACCCCCGGACAGGGCCAACCAGGCAGAAUAUAACCCAUCCACCGAUAACCCCGGACAGGGCCAACCAGGUAGAAUAGAACCCAUCCAACGAUACCCCCGGACAGGGCCAACCAGGUAGAAUAGAACCCAUCCAACGAUACCCCCGGACAGGGCCAACCAGGUAGAAUAGAACCCAUCCAACGAUACCCCCGGACAGGGCCAACCAGGUAGAAUAUAACCCAUCCAACGAUAACCCCGGACAGGGCCAACCAGGUAGAAUAUAACCCAUCCAACGAUAACCCCGGACAGGGCCAACCAGGCAGAAUAGAACCCCUCCAACGAUACCCCCGGACAGGGCCAACCAGGUAGAAUAUAACCCCAUCCAACGAUAACCCCGGACAGGGCCAACCAGGUAGAAUAUAACCCCAUCCAACGAUAACCCCGGACAGAGCCAACCAGGUAGAAUAUAACCCCAUCCAACGAUACCCCCGGACAGGGCCAACCAGGCAGAAUAUAAACCCAUCCAACGAUACCCCCGGAUAGGGCCAACCAGGUAGAAUAGAACCCCACCCACUUUGCCAAAGCACAGCCCCCACACCACUAGAGGGAUAUCAACAGACCACCAACUUCCUACCCUGAGACAAGGCUGAGUAAAGCCCACGAAGACUGCAGUCCUUUCAUAAACACUUAGAUAACCACACUAAGCUAACCCUAGACACACUACUACACAGCUUCCGCCCAAUAGGCAUUGUAAGAUAGCGAUAACACUUGAUAUAAUUCACAGCUUUACUUACCUCCCCCAACCCACCCCUGUCUCAGCCUCCAGUAUCUAUGCUGCUAUAGUCUAUGUGCCAGGGGACUAGGGUCAGUCUGUUAAACCUGGUGUAAUGCAACUUCAUAUCAGGGAACAAUCAACUCUGACCAAUCAGCAUAGCUUUGAAUGUUGCUACGUUUCUCGUGGGCGUGGUUUUGCACCAAGUUUGGCGUGGAUAAAAAGGAGACGUCUUCAACGUCACUUCCUAGUGUGCAACGUUUCCAUGAAGCAAGAUUGCUCCACACUAACACAACACUUCCUGACCUUCAGACAUCACAUAGGGUGAAGUCAUCGAUGGCUCCAUCCAUUCUUUUUACACUCUAUGAUGAAACCACCACUACUACGGUUACUAUGACUACCAUCGUCAUCACCAUGGUUACUACUGCUGUGGUUUACAUAUACGCUUUAACUGUGUCCUAUAUUUAUUUAUUUAUUUAUUUAUUUCUCAUGUUGUUUUGAUUUGAUUUAUUGUCCUCAAAGAUUGGGGUUGUUUUCACAAUUCACCUGAUUGAUUUAUUGUCCUCAAAGAGGGGGGUUGUUUUCACAAUUCACCUGAUUGAUUUAUUGUCCUCAAAGAGGGGGGUUGUUUUCACAAUUCACCUGAUUGAUUUAUUGUCCUCAAAGAGGGGGGUUGUUUUCACAAUUCAUCUGAUUUAUUUAUUCCUACAAUAUUCUCUUUCUUUGUAUCACUCUUUUUCAUUAUUUUAGCAAUAUUUCUCUCUCUCUCUCUGUGUCUACGUGUAUUGUCUUGUCUGUCCUGAAAAAGAGAAACCAAUAUAUUUUUUAAACCAUACAGACAAGGAUAGGGCCUAAUAGAAGUUAAUAGUAUAUCUGAAAAAAAAACUACAGAAACAUUAAACAAAGAUCUAGAAGUUCUGGCAACACCAAACUCCCCAUAUCAUCCCCACGUCAUCCGCUGACUUCUAACCCCGGGGCUCGGUUGCAUCAUCCGCUGACUUCUAACCCCGGGGCUCGGUUGCAUCAUCCGCUGACUUCUAACCCCGGGGCCCAGGUUGCAUCAUCCGCUGACUUCUAACCCCGGGGCCUGGGUUGCAUCAUCCGCUGACUUCUAACCCCUGACUUCUAACCCCUUCUAACCCCUUCUAACAAAACAUUUUAAGGCAAAUGUCCCCCUAAAAUGAGAUGAAAAGAUUAAGGGUGCCCAUGAGGUCCAGUACGUUCUGCAUUCAGUAAGGAUAUCAAUGUAAACAGCAUUCAGGAUGGAUAUCAAUGUAAACAGCAUUCAGGAUGGAUAUCAAUGUAAACAGCAUUCAGGAUGGAUAUCAAUGUAAACAGCAUUCAGUAUGGAUAUCAAUG